AUGGAAUGCACAAAUGUUGCAAAGAGAUGGACGGGGGAUAAAUGUGUCAACCGCUGCGCUCCAGAGGAGAUCUGGGAUAACACCAAGAAAAUCUGCACACCGAGGUGCACCGAGUCUCAGUUAUGGAACAUCCCGACCAAACGAUGUGUAGACAGGUGUAAACCUUCUGACAUGUUGAAGAAAGGAGACUGUGUUGCUCGUUGUACUCCACCGAAAUCAUGGGAUCUCAGAUUGAAGAGUUGUACAGAAAAAAUCUGCACCUGCAAGGCUUGGGGAGAUCCCCAUUACCAUCGUUACGACGAUUUUACCAGAAUGAUCGACUUCAUGGGUGUCUGUAAAUACGUCUUCUCCAAGACGACCAACUCUGACGUCGCGUGUUCCUUCUCCAUUGAGGUGAAGAACGAAUAUCGAGGCAACACAAUUGUGUCUUUCGGUAGGAUGAUGGACCUGAAGAUGGGAGGUUUCGUUGUCAGACUUCACAAGGACGGAUGGACUAGGGUCAGUGGCCUCACACAAAGAAUGCCCUUUAACCUCAAACUCAAAGGCGGACAUACUCUCAGUGCCACAAAAUCUGGAGCCAACGACUUUAAGAUAUCAGUGCCAACCUGUUCCUUCGCUUUGUCAUUCGGUGGUCAAUAUGGAGGUAUUGUGACAUCUCUUGGCCACUGGCAGUAUGGAGGUGCUGGAAAGCUUACUGGAAUGUGUGGUGACUGCGAUGGAAUGGCAGAUGCCUUGACUAGCUUCAAUAAUUAUCAGGUUCCCGAUGACUCGGAUGUGCCAUUAGUUAACUGUAAGAAGAGCGAGGAUCCAGUCAUCAAAUGUUCGGAUAAGAACAAUGCCCUCAUUGCAUCAGACACGUACUGCGGUUACAUCAAGUCAACCACUGGACCAUUCGCAGAGUGCAUCAAGAGCGGAAAGGUAGAUUGGAAGUCAGCCUAUGCUGCUUGCCAGAUAGAUGCUUGCGCUUUUGUGGACAAACCCGAGUCCAUUAAAGAAGUGAUAUGCGCUGAUGUGGGAGAAUUCGCCAGCGAAUGUCAGCUGAAUGGUUACCAACCUUCGAAGGUUUGGAGAACAACCACAUUCUGUCCAAUGAAGUGCCCUGCUAACAGCGUAUAUGAGUCCAAGAUGCGUCCAUGCCAACCGACGUGUAUCAAGCCCGAACCAAUCUUCUGUGAGGAUGAGUUGAUGGAAGGCUGCAAGUGUAAUAAAGGCUUCAUCCGAGAUGGUGAUUCGUGUGUCCCCGAGCAGUCAUGUGGCUGUUGGGAUGCAGACAAAAACUAUUACACGAUUGGUGAUGAGCGCAUAAGCUCCGACUGCACGAAACUUUACAAGUGUAUCAAAGUAGGAUCAGUCGCCAAGCUAGGGUCCAGUGAGCUUAAACCUUGUGGCAAGGAUGCUGAAUGCAGACCUGGAGACAAAGGGGUCUAUACCUGUGGCUGCAAGAAAAGAUACCAAGGAGAUGGAUUCAAAUGCACGAAACAAUGCACAAAUGUUGCAAAGAGAUGGACGGGGGAUAAAUGUGUCAACCGCUGUGCUCCAGAGGAGAUAUGGGAUAACACCAAGAAGAUCUGCACACCGAGGUGCACCGAGUCUCAGUUAUGGAACAUCCCGACCAAACGAUGUGUAGACAGGUGUAAACCUUCUGACAUGUUGAAGAAAGGAGACUGUGUUGCUCGUUGUACUCCACCGAAAUCAUGGGAUCUCAGAUUGAAGAGUUGUACAGAAAAAAUCUGCACCUGCAAGGCUUGGGGAGAUCCCCAUUACCAUCGUUACGACGAUUUUAACAGAAUGAUCGACUUCAUGGGUGUCUGCAAAUACGUCUUCUCCAAGACGACCAACUCUGACGUCGCGUGUUCCUUCUCCAUUGAGGUGAAGAACGAAUAUCGAGGCAACACAAUUGUGUCUUUCGGUAGGAUGAUGGACCUGAAGAUGGGAGGUUUCGUUGUCAGACUUCACAAGGACGGAUGGACUAGGGCGAAAUCAAAAUACAAGCAAUGUUCAGUCAAUAUACUGAAGUGUAAUGGUAUUUUUACCGGCUUAUCAUAA